UCAUUCACAUGCAAAUCUCAAAACCAAUGCUUGCAGUGCAGCCUCUGGUGCCGGCGAACUCCAACUGCGGCGGUUGCCGGAGAUACUCCUCUGGUCAGAACUUACUGUGCUUGGAAAGGCAAUAAUGAAUUUUGUCUUAGGGGGAGGCUUAUAUUUGGACCUGAUGGGAAAUCUAUAUUUUUGACAAUAUUUCUUAUCGUUGCCCCUGUUGCUGUUUUCUCUGCUUUUGUGGCGAGGAAUUUGUUGGAUGAUUUUCCUCAUCACUGGGGAUAUUCAAUAUUGAUCGUUGUUAUUCUUCACAGUGUUUACGGAAGGAGGGUGGGAAUUGGAAGGAAAAGGAAUGGGAGGCCGGAGGAGGGAGCCAAUUUGAAGUGAAGCAAAACCUGUUGGGUUCUGAUAUAAUCAUAGUUGAAUAAAGUUAUACCAACUUAAAAGGGCAGUAGAAAAUCCAAGUGGUUGGAUAAGUUGGGAUGCUCAUGGUUUGAUUAUUUAAAUAACCAUAAUUAAUAAAUAACUAGAU